AUUAUCACAACCCCAAUCUUACUUGUCAACCACCAACCCAAAACUCGAACGAAUAAACACUGAACGCCAAAAUAUGGGAUUCACGCCUAAUCGAAUCACGACUUUUUUCAUCCUGGCGGUGGUUGUGAUACUUCUGCCUACGGAGACAUACGCCUUUGGCGCUGGUGAUAUCCCCGAUUUUGCCUACCUGAAUGAUAAAGCUUUUCGUCAUGGGGAUAUUGAAACCGUUCUGGAGGAAUUGGCCAAAUCGGUUGGAGGGGUUGCGGCUGGGGGAGGACUGUUGGGAUUUGCGAAGCAGAUGCUUGACAACGCAGCUGGGGGUGCAAAAUUCAGCAGAACGGACGUUAAGAAAGUUUACUUUGGAAAUUGGCUGAGAGACUACUCCCAGGCCAUGGACAUUGCAGGACUCAAGAAACUCUCUUCAGAGACGCUCCUCUUGAUUCUUUCGGUUCUCGGUUUCAUGACAUUUGGUUACGCCACGGAAGAAUUCGAGAUCACCGCAGAUCGAAUCGGUGUUUAUUUACCGGUGGAACACAUUGACAACCCUAAAGGAUAUGGCGGAGACGAAGAUCCUCGGAAAUAUAACCAAAGACUUCGUCCACCCGUGGACCCCCGUGAGUUAGAGAUUGAUGAGCAAACCGGCAUGAAGAAAUACAUGGCCACCGAGAAUGAAGGGUUCGACACUUCGACCGGACACAUUCGUCGAACUUUCCGCGCCUGUAUUGAACAUGGUCGUCGUUCUGGCGGACAAGAGGGUGCGGAUCUAUGGGAAGCUUAUCGUCUUUUAGGGACGGGCCUUCAUACAUUGGAGGACCUUCUUGCGCACAGUAAUUGGUGCGAGAUAGCUCUCAGAAAGAUGGGACAUUCAGAGGUAUUCUGUCAUGUCGGCGAUGAUACCGAUAUCAAUACUCCCAACGGGCGUGCUCCUCCUUUGGUCACUGGUACUUUUGGUGGCGCCGACUUCAUGCACUCUAUGUUGGGUGAAGCCACGGACCAUAUGAGUCAAGCCAGCGUCACUGCCCUUUCAGACAAGAUGAACGAAUCCAAGAACUCAGACGCGUCCGAGAAGAUCUCUCAAGUCAAGUCAAUUCUUUCCAAAUUCAACAUCGGUGGAAGCGAGGAAAAACUCAAUCAGGGAGAGCAAUUACAACAACAGUCUCAGGCCUACAACUUUGAUCCCAAUAAUGUUGCACCUCCCGAGGUGCAGCGGCAGUUACUGGACCUACUCAAAUGGAGAGAUAGCAUUUUCAGGGAUAUCUCAAAGAAGAUUGAGAUGAUUCCCGGGCUUUCGGACUUGGUUGAAGAAUUGACCAACGCUUUGAACGCUUAUGUCUAUAAAGUCCUUGCCCCGUGGUUGACGCCUAUUCUUGAACAAGCGACAGGUGUACUUGGCGAAGGAAGUAAAGCCGUCAUCGACUCGGAUGAUCAAUACGAAGUAUUUAACAACCCCCGUGCUUCUGAUCCUUCCCAUUCGAUGUUGUCCAAAGAUCACUUCAACCUCAUUCUGAAUGAACCUGCCGGGAAAAUUGCCAAGAUUGUUGUUACUCACAGUGUCCAGCUCAUUGUCCAGGCGUGGUCCGAUGACAGCGAUCCUGACCAAGUCAUCGAUAUGAUUCUCGAGGCAUUCCACCAUCCUUACUAUGCUAACGGCAGGUCUCAAAUUCAGUAUCAGAUGUUCGAAGAGAUGCAGAAGUGGUUCGGAGGACUCGGGCCUGAUGUGGGUCAAGAGACGAUUCAAGCUUUGACAAAAGAGGGCGUGAGGGAGGGUAAGAACAAGAGAUUUGAGGAGGAGGGUAAAGGGAGGGUUGAGCCUGGAUACAAAGGCCAUUCUCAAGGCAGUGGCGGCGGAGGCUACAGUAGCGGUGGAGGAGGUUACAGCAGCGAGGGACGUCACCAAUCCUCGUAUGAAAGUGGGCGACAGGAUUACGGUGGAAGCGGCCAAGGACAUGGGUCCAACCGAUACGAGUCGUCGAAUAGUUAUGGCUCUGGCAGGCGCACAGAGGAUGACUCUUCCGGCACUAGGCGUAACGACGAUUCCUAUGGCUCGUCUCACGGAAGGCAAGAACAACCGCGCAAUGAAGAGUCCUCCUACGGCCAGAGCGACGAUUCUUUUGGAUCUGGCAGGCGCAAUGAAGAGUCUUCUUAUGGCCGGAGCGAUGACUCUUAUGGAUCUGGCAGGCGUCAGGACGAACCUUCCUAUGGUCGCAACGAGGAUACCUAUGGUUCUGGAAGGCGCCAUGAAGACUCUUCGUAUAGCCGAAGCGAUGACACCUACAGUUCUGGCAGACGUCAUGAGGAGUCGUCUUACGGUCGAAACGAAGAUUCGUAUGGCUCGGGCAGAGGUACACGAGAGGAUUCAUCCUACUCAUCCUCGUAUGGCCGUAGCCAAGAUCCUUCCUAUAACUCUGAACGCACUCAACAGACGUACGGUUCUUCUUAUGGUGGUGGUGGCGACGGUCGUGGCAAUCAGGUGCCCUCUUACGGUCGCAAUGAUAAUUCCUAUGGCUCCGAUAGCCGUUAUGGAGGUGGAGGAGGGGACUCAUAUGGCACUUCCUAUGACCGUCAAGAACGACGUGAUGAAGUUCCUGAAAGCCGCCACCAUGGUAGUGGAUAUACUCCAUCUUAUGGAAGUGGCCGAGAAGGUCUAGACUCAUACUCUUCAGGCGGUGGUUCCGGUGGUCAGGUCGGAUAUGGCGAAGAUAACAGUCGACAAGGUUACAACCCUAGUUACGGAGACAAUGAUACCUUUGGUGCUGAAAGGUUGAACAUUCGUGAUGACGGUGAAAACGAAGGUUACGGAUCAGGUGGAAAUGGACGCAGGAGGAACGAGUACGAAAGUGGAUAUUGAUUUGUAUGGAUUCAAGAACGAGUGGGAGUUGAAAGAAAGAAAGGAACAGGUAUAAAGUCAAGAAUUAAAUGUGUAGAAUAAGGUGAAAUGCUAUGUCACUCCAAAGUUGUUUAUGUCGAAAAUACACAAGCAAGCUUUAUUAAACGUCAC